AUGAAUGGGACAAUUGUAAUGGGCCACAAGUAUCGGAAGAGGGCACAAGUGAGCCUACCGGUUAUUCCUGGGCCCAUCACAAUACUGGGAAGGGUGCGGAUCGGCUCAGUACACAAGCAUCCGGAAGGGCCCAAUCGGUCCUCACAUUCAAUAUGCGGAUCGGUCCGGCUGGUAAGGUUUAGGCCCAGUGCACCAAUAUCCGGAAGGCCCGAACUGGCCCAGCACAUGCACAUUCCCACAGAUCGGGCCAGCCAAGGUGGGCCCCAAUAUGCGGGCAAGUCGGGUGGGCCUACCAUGAAGGAAUUCCCGGUAGUGAUGGGCGAGCCAUUAGUAUAUGGAUGUGGUACUGAUUUGGUAGGGGUCACGGAUGGGCCCAGCAAGUUUUUUCGGCCCACCGGAUAUGCAUAUGAUCCCACCUGGAGGGGCAACGUAUAG